CAAAGAUAAAUGUACUUAUCAUAUGGCUUCUUCAUGUGUCACUGAGCUAUCUGAUUUAAAUAAUUCUCAAGCAAAAGAUUGCAAAGAUGUUGUAUCGACAGCUUCCAUUACAGGCGAAGACUAUACUAGUAGGGUUACUGUAGAUCCUGAAUCUCUAGAUUCAAGUGAUGCGAAGAUCACUUCGUUUGUGUUGUCGUGCCAAUAGUCUACUUCUGAUGAUGCUGAAACCACUUCUUCAGAAGUUGCAGGGCAGGUAAUAUCCCAAUCAGUCAACGACUAACAGGAUAAUCCUUCAACCUUACGUAGCGAAUUACUUGUGGAUACCAUGGGUGACUCGAUAGACGAGGAACUGAAAGUUGCAGGGCAGGUAAUAUCUCAAUCAGCCGACGACAAACAGGAUAAUCCUUCAACCUUACGUAGUGAGUUACUUGUGGAUACCAUGGGUGACUCAAUAGAUGAGGAACUGAAGAAGUUGUCUCUCAAUGAGCCAGAAGACUCUGGCACGGAAGUUGGAUGUUCUUAUGAGGAUGAUGACACAUUCUUAUCUGCAUUACACGACUUAGGAGGUGCAGAUUCCUCUCCUGGUAGUCCAAUUGUCAAGGAGUUUUCAUCUAGUUCGGAUUUUGAGCCUGUUGAAGGGGAGAUCUCUACUUAUGAUCCUUCCUUGUGGACACCGAUGGAGAUAGCUCCAGCUACUGGCAGUGCAGAUUGUCUCUUUUUGGAGCAUACCCUCAAACUUAAGAGCACGUAUGCCGAAGUAGAGGAUUCUUCUGGGACUAGAAACACAAACGGGGAACCCAUGGUCACCAGUUACAACCGAUGCUUUAUGGGUACAGUUGACUACAUAUGGCUAUGCAAUGGACAACAGGGUUCCCAACUAAGAAGAGUUCCUGAAGUCGGAAUGAGGAAUGUGCCGGGUCAAGAAGAAUUCUGCUUGGAGACUGAAAAACGACUCCCAGGAAGCUCUGGAAGCAAAUCUUGUAAAUUUAUGCCGGAUUCUUUUCAUUAG